CCUUGACCGCAGUGUAAACUAGUCUCAAGACUGCCAAUAUCACAUUUAAAGACGAUUUUACUCGUUUAUUAAUGUAUUCUGGACAAACUUGCGCUACCAAUGUAUGGUACGACUAACAAUCGGUCUGUUCAAGACGCACAUAGACCAAAGUCGCUGCUAGAAUAAAGAGAACGGCGAAAAUCAAAGUGAAUAAAAAAGCAAUUUUUGAUUGAAAUGUCAGAAUUCACUCAUCAAUUCAAUGCAAGAUCAAAUCGUUUUACUUGACUUGGCUAUUAGCACAGGAAUUCGUCUAGACGAAAAAAGAAGUCAAUAAAGCAAGCCUCGACUCGAAGACGUCCGUGCACAUAUUGCUUGUUUAAUUUUGAAUUCAAAUCAGAGAUCAGGUGGUAUCUACAGCCUCAAUUUAGACGAACUAGGCUAGUGAAGGCAAUCUAGCUUUUAGAAUAAAAGAAUCAAUCCUUGACGGAAAUUUGAGGUCUUGCCAAAAGGUGAGACGACCACCUGAUCUAUCAGAUGAAAGAUAUGACAAGCAGUGAUCUAAAUGUUGACAGCAUUAUUGAACAACUUCUAAGUGUACGGAACAGUCCAGGAAAACAGGUACAACUCCCAGAGUCCCAAAUUCGCCAACUAUGUCAGAUUUCACGCAAUAUAUUCUUGGAACAGCCCAUGUUGGUAGAGUUAGAAGCCCCAGUGAAUAUAUGUGGGGACAUACAUGGACAGUAUGAUGAUUUACUGAGGCAUUUCGCCAAAUGUGGUUAUCCACCUGAAUCAAAUUAUUUAUUCUUAGGAGAUUAUGUUGACAGGGGUAAGAGGUCACUUGAAACAAUAUGCCUGAUCCUGGCCUACAAGAUAAAGUAUCCCAACAAUGUCUUUCUUCUUAGAGGAAACCAUGAAUGUGCAAGUAUUAAUAGAAUCUAUGGUUUCUAUGAUGAAUGUAAAAGAAGGUAUAACAUUAAAUUGUGGAAAACAUUCACAGACUGUUUUAACUGCCUGCCUAUAGCUGCCUUGAUAGAGGGAACAAUAUUCUGCAUGCAUGGGGGACUUUCACCGGAUCUCACUGACUUAGAACAGAUUAGAGAAAUUGACCGUCCCUUAGAUGUACCUGACCAUGGCUUGGUGUGUGAUCUUCUCUGGUCAGAUCCUGAUGAGGACAUAACAGGCUGGGGUGAGAAUGACAGGGGAGUCUCCUAUACAUUUGGUGGUGAUGUGGUGCGAGGCUUCUUAAAGAAAACAGACUGUAGUUUGAUAGUCAGAGCACAUCAAGUCAUAGAAGAUGGCUACCAGUUCUUUCAGAAAAGAAAGUUGGUAACCCUGUUCAGUGCUCCUAACUACUGUGGGGAGUUUGAUAAUGCUGCAGCUGUAAUGAUUGUGACUGAAGACCUGACAUGUUCCUUUAGGAUACUACCUCCUGACAAAAACAAAGUCAUAGGUGUUGACAAUAAGAACAAGAAAUAAUGACAACAUAUACUAGACUUGAUGACACCCAGGAUUAGAUGGAAGUAUCUGGCUAUUAGACUAAGUGAUAAAAACAUCAUAUAAGCUCAUGGUCUUAAAAGUGAUUCCUGUGUUUGGUCUUUUAGAUUGGACAGAGUAGACCCCGUUUUACAUUUAUUAGGAUCAACUUUUUCUUUAGAAUCAGAAAACCUGUAUUGCGUUGAUGACUGCAACAUGCUUAUGAUAAAGAUUUAACUUACUGCUUAAGCUGCUAUUCACAGAUGUAUCCAAGAUGGAUUAUACAGAAGGAUCUUACACUUGGGCCUUCUCGAACCAUCUAAUUCCUAAUGCAAUCAAUAUUUGCUACGCAUUUACUCCUUAUUAAGGAGUUUGGAAGUUUGCUGACAGUAUUAGAACAAUUGGUACAUACUGUAUUACAAGGUAACAUACGCUAUAUAUUAGUCUGGAAAAUGUUACCGGAUGGAAACAUUGAAGAGGUAUCCCUAUAAAAAAUAGUAUAGUACUAUAGUACAUGUAUAUAUUACAAAGAAUGACAAGCUAGGUCUAUUAUUUAUUUGUUAUACAAACCUAAUGGAGCUGCAGACUGCGAGUUUGAGACUGAAUGGAGUUGAAUUAAGGCACUCGGGAGAAUUGUUGGUAUCAUCACCUGUGGUUUGCAGUGGUCACCCUGGUUACAAAUCAAUUUAAAGUCAGUAUGUUGUGUGACCGCUUUCAAGCUCCAACUGAACCCUGACUCUGAUAAAAAAAUUGAAAAGCCUGAAUGAAACUUCUAAUCCAUUCACUAUCAGGCCCGUAGCCAGGGGGGUUCGAGCGAACACCCCCCUGACCAAAAAAAAAUCUUUCAAAAUCAUGCAGUUUUUCACCAUUCUGAGCACUUUUUAAGUGAUUUUGGCCAUUUUUGGACCAAAAUUGUCACAAGUGAACCCCCCUGGAAUUUUUCAAAAAGUGGCAAAUCCUGGC